AUGCCUGCUGUCGGCGAACUAGCGCAUAGAGCCCUGGUCGAGGCGGGGCCGUCGUCGCUGGUUAUGCGGCGCGAAGUUGUGCGUCGCGGGCUCUCUGUAAAUCAUACACAGGGUGUUACGCUUGGUGUGAUUGGGGCGUAUGUUGUUGUGAUUGCUUUGCUGUGGAAUCUGCCGUAUGUGCGGUGGGUGUUGUGGCCGUUCAAGAUGCUGGUUAUUGCCUUCCACGAGUUCUCCCAUGCGAUAACAUCGUGCUGUACCGGCGGCCGUGUAGAAUCCAUCUCUCUCGACCCACACGAAGGCGGUGUAACUCAUAUGCGUGGAGGCAAGCAAUUCAUCACUCUGCCCGCCGGGUAUCUUGGGUCUUCAUUAAUCGGCGCGCUUCUUACAUUCUGCGGCUUUAACAUUGUGGCCUCAAAAGUCGCUAGUAUCGUUCUCGGCGUAUGCUUUUUGCUUACACUGUGGUGGGCGCGCAAGGAUUGGUUGACGAUUGGCACUAUCCUAUUGAGCGUGGGCUUGCUGGUUGCAUUUUGGUUUAUCGAGCAUGGUGAGGCGUUGAGGUUUUACGUGCUCUUCAUCGGCGUAAUGUCCUCACUCUACAGCGUCUGGGAUAUCUGCGACGACUUGAUCUUGCGGAAAGUAAACUCAUCUGACGCCAGCGUCUUCGCCAAGCGUUAUGGAGGAUCCUCGCAGUGCUGGGGUGUCAUUUGGUCGCUGGUUUCGCUCGUGUUUAUGGUUUGUGGGAUUUUGGCGGGUCUGGCGGCGUUCAAGCAGAGUUUUGAGCAGCAGGAGAAAGAUAGUCAGGGGUUUAUUCCUACGCGCUUUUAGGGCGGUGAUGGGAAGAUGAUGUCAUCUACGGCGUACUGAUAUAGCAAAGAGGCGGAAGUGGAAACAGGUUGGCAUGGCGUUUUGGAAUGACUUCUAUGAAAGCACAAGAGAUAGUGGGGAGAAUGUUUGGGUAUACCCUUUUUCUUAUGGUUCGGGACGAGUAUUUGUCAUGAUCUAUAACUACGUUGUCAGAUGCGUUAAUGAAGGACUAUAGAGAUGUAUCCGGUGGCUUUCGAUUUUCAUCAAUAGUUGUCAUGCAUAAAUUUUACAAGCAGGAAUAUCACUAGUUGUAUGCAAAUUAUUUUCAUAAAA